ACACCAUUUUAGUUUUAUUGUGGUGGUGUUUCUAGAAUGCGUGACAGCGUCAGAUAUUUUUGAAGUUUUAAUUUAGUGAUUGCUUCUGUUACAGUUUUGGCUGAACUUUGAAAAUCUUCAAUUGUGCAUUUUGUUGUUUCGAUGCAGGCACAGCAAGUGCAGCAGCAGCAAGGACAUCCAAUUUCUGGUGGAGCAAAUGUCAUUCUGAAAAUGAACGAUAUUCAGCAAUUGUCCACUGUCGGCCUGUUGGAACUGGCCCACAGAGAGUACCAGUCGGGAGAUUACGAGAAUGCUGAACGCCACUGCAUGCAGCUUUGGCGGCAGGAGAACAACAACACUGGUGUGCUCUUGCUUCUCUCCUCCAUACACUUCCAGUGUCGGCGACUCGAUAAGUCGGCCCAAUUCAGCACGCUGGCCAUCAAGCAGAACCCGCUGCUGGCGGAGGCGUACAGCAACCUGGGCAACGUUUACAAGGAGCGAGGCCAGUUGCAGGAUGCCCUCGAGAACUACCGACAUGCUGUGCGACUGAAACCAGACUUCAUCGACGGAUACAUCAACCUGGCUGCUGCCCUCGUGGCUGCCGGCGACAUGGAGCAAGCGGUGCAGGCUUAUGUCACUGCGCUCCAGUACAAUCCGGAGCUGUACUGCGUCCGCAGUGACCUGGGUAAUCUUUUGAAGGCCUUGGGCCGCCUCGACGAAGCCAAGUCGUGCUACCUGAAAGCGAUCGAGACGAGGCCUGAUUUUGCGGUGGCCUGGAGCAACCUGGGAUGCGUGUUUAACGCCCAGGGCGAGAUCUGGUUGGCCAUUCAUCAUUUCGAGAAGGCCGUGGCGUUGGAUCCAAACUUCCUCGACGCUUACAUCAAUCUCGGCAACGUUCUGAAGGAGGCUCGUAUCUUUGAUCGCCUCAUCGAUUUGGCCAUUGACACGUAUCGUCGGGCCAUUGAGUUGCAACCCAACUUUCCAGAUGCCUACUGCAAUCUGGCCAAUGCACUCAAGGAGAAAGGACAGGUGUCGGAGGCGGAAGAGUGCUACAACACGGCACUGCGACUGUGUCCCACUCACGCCGACUCGCUCAACAACCUGGCCAACAUCAAACGCGAGCAAGGGUACAUCGAGGAGGCCACUCGGCUCUACUUGAAGGCACUCGAGGUCUUCCCUGAGUUUGCCGCCGCCCACUCCAAUCUCGCUUCUGUUCUGCAGCAACAAGGUAAACUGAACGAGGCACUGAUGCACUACAAGGAGGCGAUUCGCAUCCAGCCGACAUUCGCUGAUGCAUACAGCAACAUGGGAAACACACUUAAGGAGAUGCAGGACAUCCAGGGUGCGCUGCAGUGCUACACGCGCGCCAUCCAAAUCAACCCCGCCUUUGCUGACGCUCACAGCAAUCUCGCUUCCAUUCACAAGGACUCAGGCAACAUCCCGGAAGCGAUCCAGUCGUACCGCACAGCGUUGAAACUGAAGCCCGACUUCCCCGACGCCUACUGCAACCUGGCGCACUGUCUGCAGAUAGUCUGCGACUGGACAGACUACGAGGCGCGCAUGAAGAAGCUGGUGUCCAUCGUGGCAGAGCAGCUCGACAAGAACCGGUUGCCGUCUGUGCAUCCCCACCACUCCAUGCUCUAUCCGUUGUCGCAUGAUUUCCGCAAGGCCAUUGCUGCCCGUCAUGCUAAUCUCUGUCUUGAAAAGGACUCAGGCAACAUCCCGGAAGCGAUCCAGUCGUACCGCACAGCGUUGAAACUGAAGCCCGACUUCCCCGACGCCUACUGCAACCUGGCGCACUGUCUGCAGAUCGUCUGCGACUGGACAGACUACGAGGCGCGCAUGAAGAAGCUGGUGUCCAUCGUGGCAGAGCAGCUCGACAAGAACCGGUUGCCGUCUGUGCAUCCCCACCACUCCAUGCUCUAUCCGUUGUCGCAUGAUUUCCGCAAGGCCAUUGCUGCCCGUCAUGCUAAUCUGUGUCUUGAAAAGAUCCACGUGCUACACAAGCCGCCGUACAAGUACCCGAAGGAGCUGGCAGUGAGUGGCUGUGGACCGCGUCUGCGCAUUGGCUAUGUGUCUUCGGACUUUGGCAACCACCCCACCUCCCAUCUGAUGCAGUCCAUUCCCGGCCUGCAUGAUCGCACCAAGGUGGAAGUAUUCUGCUACGCCCUGUCGGCCGACGACGGUACGACAUUCCGUGCGAAGAUCGCGCGCGAGUCGGAGCACUUUGUCGACUUGUCGCAGGUGCCGUGCAACGGAAAGGCGGCCGACCACAUCAACGCUGACGGCAUCCACAUCCUCGUCAACAUGAACGGAUACACCAAGGGGGCGCGCAACGAGAUAUUUGCACUCAGGCCGGCGCCCAUUCAGUUGAUGUCGAACAAAGAGGUUGCCGACAACGUGGCAGUGAUCAACGCGACAGAUCUGUCUCCGAUCAUGGAGCACACAGACGUGAAGGAGAUCAAGGAGGUUGUGGCUCCCAGUCAGCCGGAUGCGCGCUCCGGUCGCCCUGUCGAGAUAUCGCUCAAGGUCGCUGAGUUGCCCACCACCACACCUAUCGAGACAAUGAUAGCGUCGGGCCAGAUGCAGACAUCAGUGAAUGGGAUCGUGGUGCAGAACGGGCUGGCCACCAAUCAGACCAACAACAAGGCGGCCACAGGCGAAGAGGUGCCGCAGUCCAUCGUCAUCACCACACGUCAGCAGUACGGUCUGCCCGAGGACGCCGUUGUCUACUGCAACUUCAACCAGCUCUACAAGAUCGACCCGCCCACGCUGCAGAUGUGGGCGAAUAUUCUGAAGGCAGUGCCCAACUCAGUGCUUUGGCUACUGCGUUUCCCGGCCGUCGGAGAGGCCAGUCUACAGGCGGCAGUUGCCAGGUUGGGUGUGCCCGCUGGCAAGCUGCUAUUUAGCAACGUAGCCGCCAAAGCUAGCAAAACGAACUUGUGCAUCGACCCGCCUACGCUGCAGAUGUGGGCGAAUAUUCUGAAGGCAGUGCCCAACUCAGUGCUUUGGCUACUGCGUUUCCCGGCCGUCGGAGAGGCCAGUCUACAGGCGGCAGUUGCCAGGUUGGGUGUGCCCGCUGGCAAGCUGCUAUUCAGCAACGUAGCCGCCAAAGAGGAGCACGUAAGACGAGGCCAGUUGGCCGACGUUUGUCUGGACACGCCUCUCUGCAACGGACACACCACCUCGAUGGACGUGCUGUGGACGGGCACUCCGGUGGUCACCCUUCCAGGCGAGACACUGGCGUCGCGUGUCGCCGCCUCCCAGCUGGCCACACUCGGCUGUCCGGAACUGAUUGCUCGCACCCGUCAGGAGUAUCAGCAGAUUGCCAUCAGACUUGGCACUGAUCGCGAAUUUUUGAAGGCAACUCGCGCGGAGGUGUGGCGAGCGCGUACGGAGAGUCCGCUCUUCAAUUGCUGGAAGUAUGCUCAGGGCAUGCAGCAGCUCUAUGACGUCAUGUGGCGGAGAUAUGCGCGCGGAGAAAAGCCCGAUCACAUUCGAGCCAGCGAGUCAACAUUAUCUGCUUAAACAGACUGACUGUCUUGUGCGCAUGCUCCGUGAAAAAGUGAGAUUAUUGUGUGUGUGAGUGAGUGAAUAGCGGUAGGUUCCAAAGAGAAACUCGCCAGUGCUCUUCUAUUGUAUCUACGGCAGAGAAACUUGUGCCAGAGCGCUAGAGUUCCUGUUUUCUAUCUACUAGUAGAUAAAGAAGUGGAGUUCUGGUUCAGAGCGCCAGAAUCCUUCUUCUGUAUCUACUAGUACACAGAGUGUCUCACGAAAUGUGUAACAGCCAAAGACCAAAGAAUCUACCUAAAAUUUGCAACAUAAAUGUCUAUUAAAGAGUUUCUUAUAUCGACAUUAGGUUUCGAGAUCUAUCAAAAGACGUUAAUAACUAGAAAAAUAUCAUACAAAAUUCAAUUCUAAGGAUAUGGUUGUUGAAAAGAGGAAGAAAUUCCCAGUAAGAAUCUUAUAAUGUGUUGACUUUUUUGAAAUUUUUAUGAGCGCUCAAAGUUGAAAUAAGUACAUUGGUUGAGUUCAAAGUCAAAUUUCAAAAGUUUGAAUGCUCACAAAAAGUUCUAAAACGUCAAACAAAGAAAAAAAUAUAAAUCUUAUUGGAAAUUUCCUCCUUAUUCCAACCAUAUCCUUCACAAAUUAGAUUUUGACUGAUAGUUUGCUAGUUAUUGAAGUUUUUCAAAAAAUCUACAGAUCUCAAAAAUUGAGGUCGAUAUAAGAAUCAUUUAAUAGUUAUUUUUGUUGCAAAUUUAAUGAAGAAUCUUUGGUCUUAGGCUGUUACAGCUUUCGUUGGAUACUGUAUUCGGAAGAGGAGUUGUGAUUCAGAGCUUCUUCUGUAUCUCCUCUUCUGUCAGAGUUUCUUUUUUGUAUCUACUGACACCUAGUGAAUGAGCUUAUAAAAUAUGUGUGUUGACUUUUUAAAUAUCAGUGUAAUUUUAUUAUUUUAUUGCGUAACAUUUUGUCUCCUGUGUUGUUGUUGGUCUCUUAUCAAAGAAAAAAAUAAUCUAGCUGUUUUCAUCGAGUUAGUGUAUUUUUUGAUAAUCAUCUAUUGAUGUGUUGAUGAUGACACAAUAUGGUUAUUGUGCGAUGUACAUACACUGUUGAGGUGCUUGUCAAUAUUCGAUAAUUGUUCAAGUGUCCUUGAAUUUGUUUCAAUCUACAGUUGGAAAUGGGAUUCUAGAUUAUUUCACAAUGUAUAUUCGUUAGGAAAUACAAACUCAAAAAAUAUUUAUGCAGAUUUUCAGAUUGAAUGAAUAGUUCAGAUUUGUUUCACUAUGUAAAUCCGUUUAUUCCACAGGGAAUAAAGCUUAUACUGGGGCCUGUUUCAUAAAAAUUUAGAAGUCCUGUAAUACAGGAACAGCUGAUUUUAUCGGCUAUAUUGAGCAUGUAAUUGGAAUGGUGAUUCUCCUGUAUUACAGGACUUGUAACUUUUAUGAAACAGGCCCCAGGUUUAGUUUAAUAUAGGGUCAGUCAUUUUAGCUAUAAUAGGGUAUGUAUCAAUAUUGUACCUACACACUUGGGCAAAAAUACUGCUCAUAUUCUAUCUGAUAAACUAUUGAUUUUCGAAAUCCAAAGAGAUUUACCAACCAAUUAUCUGAAUUUAUCGUAUAAUUAAGAUACUUCUAUAAAUUGUUGAUUGAAAUACAAUUUGGGAUACAAGAAGUUGAGAUUGAUAGGCACCUUUAUUUAUCCGCUGUAUGAUAUUAUUAGAGUUUUUUUGAUAAAAACUGAAGUGUCAUUUUGUUAGAAGGUGUUGAUAAAACUGCAGAUAUAUGAUAUACAAUGUUGACACCAGUUUAGAAAUGCAUGUGUUGCCUCAAGUUAUGUAUGCCUUGAAUUAUAACUAUGUAUGAUAUAAAUAAUUAAAUAAGCCUUUCGAGUUGA